AAGAAGAAAAGCCAGCCGUCCUGCUCCAUCACCACCACAUUUUUCUUCUUCCCUCUUCCUCUCUUCCCUCUGGCCUCUUCCUCCCCUUCUUCACGAGCUCACGAAGUCAAGUCAAUAUCAAUUCUAACCUGGCCGUCUCGUCUUUGCUCUGCUUCAGACCAGCCGUCUCCCCUUCUCGAACCCCCUUAGCCGUUGCUCGAGCUGUCUGCGUUGGGUCGGGAUAUACGGAAGUCCAGUCGUCUUCUGGGUGAGAACACUCCCUGCCUCUGUCUUCUUUGCUUUCGUCUUUCUUUUCUCUUUGCUGCUGCGUUUUCCCGGACAUCUUAUAUCGAAUCUGAAUAUACGGCAUUGAAGAAGUCUUGCUGUCACUUCACCUUCAUCCGUCACCGCCAGCUUCGAUUGAAUAUAUUCCUGCAGUCACCCGUCGUCAAGUCACCACAAUCCCUCUUUCUCCUCCCAUAUGGCCUAUAUAUCGAAGGAUCUAGCGGCAGAUGCCGGGCCUGUGGCAUCGUCUCUGCUCAAUUGGGCCCUGGGUGAACUCGCCAACAGCUUCGAAUGUUUCCAUCACCAUUUUCUGCCCCUGAAUGCCUCUCUCCCGUUGAAUCUUCAAGCAAACACCAGCAGCCCUCGAUCUGGACCUCUCUACUCUCCCCCGUAGCUCAGCAGCUUGCAUAUUUCACAUACUUUACUUUGCCCCCCCCGUAAAAUCACUACCUGGAAAAAAGUGGUAGAUGAUGUGUUACACGGACACUAUUAUUUGUUGAUUCACUAUAAAGGCUAACAUAUGAACUCUGUUUUUCUCCUUCGGUCUUCUAGGAAUCUUCCGUCCGUCUGUCUGUCUGUCAAGCGAACAUUCCCUCUCCUUUACGACUGUCGUCUAGUCGUCUCGGAGCAGCCCUGCCCGGUGUCGUCGAACAGUGGAGACGUUAGCUCGUUGUUCACUGGUCCACACCACCACCUCACCUCCCUCUUCGUCGAAGCAAGAUCUCGUCCGUCUUUCUUCACCUCGCCGUCGACUUAGAUGCUGUGAGGUCCGUCGAAUAGGGUUGUUAUAUACCCAGCCAUACAUCGCCAAACUGGCGUUUGUUAAAACUUCAUAUUUCGGUCUUCGACCGUUUUCAACGGCACAGAUUAUUGUCUGUGCCUGACUUUCUUUAAUAUUCCCCCUACUAAUACUUUUACGCUCCUUAAUUUGCGUUUUUUUUUUUUCGACCCAACGACUGUCCCUCUCUUGAACAUCCGCCUCGUCGUAACAUAGUUUGCUAGAGCUUAGCAAGACCACACGCCACUCAUUUUCAUCUCGCUGGAAGUUACGCGGAGCGUCCCUUUAAAUCCUUCCUGCGACAAACCAAAAGCUCUAGUGCUCUUUUCACGCUCUCUGGAGACCGACCCAAUCCUUAAGUCCAUCCAACAUGGCAUACCAACGCUGUCAGACAACGACUUAUCAGCCGUGCGAUAGCUACUUCGUUGAGAGCUACGACCAGGACUAUGUACAGCCUCAAGUGCAUCAUCAGCAGCCACAGCACCCACCGCAGCACCCGCAGCAGUCACAACAGCCUCAAUCCCAUGUGAACCCACGGGAACAUGCUCGGCUACUGGCCAGGGAGCGUCAGUAUGCAAUUGCUGAUCAGAUGUCACGCAUGGCUACCGACGAGUAUCAGGAGGACAUCUUGGCACACAUGCACGCAAUGGACAGUGCCACUCAGCCCGAUGUCGACUCGAUAGACAUCCAGACCGAGAUCCAAUGGUUUAUGCGGCCCUACCUGCUCGACUUCCUCAUCGAAGCCCACGCUGCCUUCCAGCUGCUGCCAGCUACUUUGUUCUUGACUGUUAACCUGCUUGACAGAUACUGCUCAAAGAGAGUCGUGUACAAGAGACACUACCAGCUGGUUGGAUGUGCGGCUCUGCUUAUUGCUGCCAAGUACGGUGAUAAGAAGGAUCGUGUCCCCACAAUCAAGGAACUCAAGUCCAUGUGCUGUUCGCUGUACGAUGACGACAUGUUUAUUCAGAUGGAGUGGCACGUCCUGCAGACUUUAGGCUGGUCAAUUGGCCACCCAACCGUCGAUAGCUUCCUGCAGAACGCCGUGGUCGACACACCCUACGAUCCCGAGGUCGAGCAUCUCGCCUUGUACAUUGCCGAGAUUUCUCUGUUCCACCGUGACUUUGUCUCCAAGCUGUCGUCCGACAUCGCCAGAGCUUCGCUUGCUCUGUCCCGCUGCAUCCUCAACAGACCACAGGCCCCGCAGUCCGAUUGGGCAUCCAACUACGACUCACUAACGCUAGUCUACGAACACAACAAAUGUCCCCAUGGUAACUCAAAGAGGAUACCUGCUCGGCCCGGUCCGACUGGGCUCCCGGCCCUGCUACAUCGGACCGGAUUUAUUACUUCUUCCUUAUAG